AUGUCUACCGUCGAAGGUGUUUUAGCCAGGACCGAAAGGUCAAGCGGACUGAUGGCUCAGUUCGCCUACCUCUGCCCAGCAGGUGACUUCUUCAUUGCUCUGUUCACUUUCAGGCUUGGCCGCCGAAAUAAGCUUUUCAAGGCCCUUGAAGCAGGGGCCGCUGAAUUUACUGCUAUUCCAGCUCUGGGGCUAUCCGUUUCUCAAGAAUUGUGGUAUUUGCUUUGUGCAGGCAUUAAGCGAGUCAGUUUUAUUCCCAAAACUGCUGUUGCAGGCGAAAAAAAGAGUGGGUAA